CUUGCAACAAUUGUAAUUCCAUUAUUCCUCUUCAGUUCUAUCUCUUUCUGUUACAGUGAAAAGAGAAACUGUAUUUGUUUUUUUUUCGUGUAAGUGAGAAAUAAGACAUACCAUCCAUCAUUGUAUAAAAUUAUAAAAAGCUACAGAAAAAGCACACUCUCAUUCUUUAUUCUCAGUAGUUCUUUACACAUAAUUCACUAACACAUUUCUUGAAUUUUUAUGUCAAUACCAAUAGAGAACCAUGUUUCUUCAAUGGAAAGUGAAAAGAAAAGUAAAGACUUGAACUUUAAAGCCACUGAACUAAGGCUAGGUUUACCUGGUUCUGAAUCACCAAAGAGAGACAAUAGCAAUGGAGUUAAAGAUUUGAAAUUUUUUCCUUCUGGAGCCAAAAGGGUGUUUUGUGACACUAUAAAUGGUAAUUCUGGGACAUGGGGUUUUGAUUCUGAGGUUAAUUUGGGUAAAGAUUGUGGCUUUAUUAACUCUCCUAAAGGUGUUAAAGUGGGAACCAAGAUUCUUGGUUCUAAUGCUGUGAAAGAGGCUGCUCCAAAAUCACCAAAAUCAGUUCAAGAGAAAAAGGCUAUGAGUUCUAGUAAUAAUGGUCAUGGGGUUGCUCCAGCUGCAAAGGCACAAGUAGUAGGAUGGCCACCGAUUCGAUCUUUUAGAAAGAAUAUGGUUAGUAAUAAUCCUCCAAAGACCGAGGAAGAUGCAAAUGGUAAGCUAUUAGCAGGUUGUCAUUAUGUCAAAGUUAGCAUGGAUGGUGCCCCAUACUUGAGGAAGGUUGAUCUUACAAUCUACAACAGCUAUAAUGAUCUUUCUUCAGCAUUGGAGAAAAUGUUCAGUUGCUUCAAAGAUGGUCAAUGUGGAACUCAAGGCAUUUCUAGCAGUGAUGGACUAAACGAAAGCAAAUUGGUGGAUCUUCUACACGGAUCUGAAUACGUUCUUACUUACGAAGACAAGGAUGGUGAUUGGAUGCUUGUCGGCGAUGUCCCAUGGAAGAUGUUUACAGAGUCUUGCAAAAAGCUGAGGAUCAUGAAGAGUUCAGAUGCAAAUGGUUUAGCUCCACGAGCCAUAGAGAAAUGCAAAAAUCGUUGAAAAUCUACAGUAGUCUCGCUGCAAAUUACGUUCCUACAAGCAAUGAGAAAUGGAAAUUCAGGUGUCUAGGCUCUAGCUUUCUGAUAUAUGUUAGAGUAGAAGACCAAAUUUAGAUUUGAAAAUGGGCACCAGGAUUUUAAGUUUCUUUGUCUUAAGUGUAUUUUAGUGUACUGGGAAAUUAACUACUAUUUUGAGUUACAUAUUCAUAAUAUCCAAGAGUAUUCUAGCCUUUGUAGGUAUACUAUGUUAUUCUUCUCUGUAUUCUUAGUGCUUGAGUCUCCCAAGCUUCAAUAAUAAGAUAUGUAAAUGUUGUCAGUCA